UGCAUCUUUACAUAACAAAGACAUAAAUUAAAAAAUGACUUCGGAUGAUAAAACCGAUACGACGUCCGUCACUAAUGCCAUAAGAGUUUUCACGGAUACUAUUUGCUCCUUGAAUGAAGCUGAUCAACAAAUUUUUUUAUCAUUUAUUGCUGACAAUUGGGAGCCUGAAAAAGUAAAAAUUCAAUCAACGCCACGAAAUUUUAGAGAUGGUUGCCAGAAUGGAAAUAACACACAAGAAGAACAGUUAAGAAACAUAAAGCAAAUUGUUAUUGACAUCAAAAACAGAGUACCAUUUAAUGGAAUACUUCCAUCAGAACACAUUGUGCCACCCACAAUUGGAGAGAAUUCAGAUUGUGAUGAUAUAUCAACAAAGCAUAUAGAUGCAUUUCUCUAUGACAAUAAAGAAGUUGAUGAACUCAUAGAUGAAGGAAAAUUGGACAAUCUAUAUUGUGCUGAUUGUAGAUCUACAAAUGUGAAAGAAUAUAAUAUCAUAUCGCAUUCUAUGUCAGUGUCUGCUAUGAUAUAUGUAUUCCAUAAUAUUUUACCGCCUUUAGAAGGAAAAACUGUACUUGAUGUUGGAUCUAGAUUGGGUGCUGUUUUGUACGGGGCACAUAUAUUUUCAUCAGCCCAGAAAAUUAUUGGGGUUGAAAUGAAUAAGGAUCUUUGCACAUUACAGUCUGACAUGAUACAUAAAUAUAAGAUGAAUGAUCGUAUAGAAAUAGUAAACAAAAGAAUUGAGGAAUGUCCAGAUAUUGUACAAAGUAGCAAUGUUAUUAUCAUGAACAAUCCAUUUGAGUUUUAUGUUCCAGAAUCUGUGCAUACAGAAAUAUGGAAAUUCUUAAAAGCCAACAUUCAAAGAGGAACAAUUCUAGUCACUAGACCAGCUAUUGAAACAACUCUAAUGAAUUUGAAAACAGGAAUAUUGAUGAAGAAUUGGAUAAAACCCUUUAAAUCAGACAGAAUUACAAAGGGUCCUCAAGUAUUCGGAUCUCUAACGUUUGAUUCUGAUGAACAUUCAGAAAUUAAUUUCUAUGAAGUCUGUUAG